AGGAAGUACGUCAGAAUUUCCCGGGAUAAUUUUUGACAUCUUUUUGGCGCGGUUUGUGUUUGUGAGUCGCAGUGUUUUUUUUCAGGCAGUAGUUUAAGUUUAUUUAGUUUGAAAUACGGAUUUAGACCCUCUUUAAGCCGCUGAAAAUGACGGGCGUGUUCGAGUCUCCCAAGAGCAGGAUAAACGCGGCGAUGAUUUCUCAGCACGUCAACAGACCGGUGUGCUUCGUAGGACGAGUGGAGAAGGUCCAUCCUACUGGAAAGUCGUUCACAAUGACCGACGGAGAGGGAAAGACGGCAUCAGUGGAACUCAACGAACCACUGGAUGAAGAGCUGAGCGGAAUUGUGGAAGUUAUUGGCAUGGUGUCAAACAAAGGAACAAUCAUGGCUGCAGCAUACACCAUGUUCAGAGAGGAAAAGGGGAUUAGUUUUGAUUUGGAGCUGUACAACGAGGCCCUCAAAGUCAUUCAAGAUUUUUCUCAGUAUUACCCAUUUGGAGCAACUAGUGGAUAAAAAGUGAUUUAACUCUUCUUUUAUUGUUGUUUUUGUUCUACCUGUGUUUAGCUUAUUUGUGUUCUUCAUUUUUCUCUAUGGAAAUAAGUUGAAACUGUUAAUUUUUUAACAGUUGAAUGUUUUGUUACAUAAAUAAAUAAAAAUGCUGUCUGCUCAAAGCUA